ACAGAAGAAGCCCUUUCUAAGGCACAAGUCAUCGAUUGGAGUUGUACUCUUACUUGGGAAGCUGCUUUCAUUACUUUGGGAAACUUGCUGACAAUUGUUAUCUUUGCAUUUUUCAAGAAGAUUCGCGUUAAGAAAAGUUUAUAUCUUGUUCUAAAUAUGGCGUUUGCGGAUCUAGCGUUGGGAAGUGUGUGUCUCCCUUUAUCUAUUUUUAUCAUUGAGACUCACCACCAAUUGACGAUAGAAAGAUCUCCGUUUUUUCUCAAGAUCAUUAUUGUAGUUUUGCCCAAGUCUCGUUUAUUACCGCUGCUUUGAUAUCUGCUGAGAGAUUUUACGCCAUCUAUUGGCCGCUGAAGCACCGAACACUUUCUGCGCGAGCGUACAGGCUUGUUAUUUUGACGCCGUGGAUUUUGAGUAUCCUUGCUUCUAUUUUUACAGUUUUUCUCCUUCACUUUGUAAGCGUAGUGGGUUUAUUUUUUGGACUAUGUUUGUACGGCUUGUCUAUUGUUCUGAUCAUCUGCGGCCUGAACAUCGGUAUUUGGAGAAAAUUUCAACAAAAAACUGUUCCUCAGUUGCAAAACAGAGCCUUGCAAAACCAGCGCUUAACAAAGGCAUUGAUGUUUGUUUCUGUUAUGGCUUUGAGUUCUUGGCUGCCUUCAGUCGCUUACAACUUGGCAGACUUUUUUGAAUACAAAAUGUCUGACAACAUUUUCCUUGUAUCUUUUUUUAUGUAUUUUUCCAACUCCUUUAUCAAUCCUGUCGUAUACGCAUUACGAAUUCCCGAGUUUAAACAAGCCUUGAAUCAAUGUUGUUUCGCAAGGAAGAAAGUGAGGCGAAGCCAAGAAAAUUUAAAAGGAAACGAGAUGGCUGCCGAUUUGACACUGGAGAUGCACCGAAGAACAUUGACUACAGAUCACAAUAAUUUACAGCUCACUUUUGAACAGGAAAUUGUAGAUAAUGACUUGUGAUCAACCUUGUAACUUUUUCUGUCCUUAACCCAUUCGCCCCUGAACCGCCCGUAACCGCCCGUGCGGAUCCAGGUCCUUUCUACCCUUUGUGACGUCAUCAGUUUUAACGGUCAAGGACAACUUUCUUCGCUAACUUGUGUAGAGUGAAGAGAUCUUUCAAACCAUACCAGAAUGAGCACAAUUCAGUCAAGGACACCGGAGAAAGAAGCAAAAAACCACGUGACAUUGACCUGAAAAUCUCCAUCAUGAAAAUCUUGUUCCAUUGCCCACCUACCUUUCCUUUCACCUAAUCCUAAGAUCCUAAAAGCUUUCCUAAAAACUCUUCCCACCAAAAUGAAGCCUACUAAAUGCCCAGCAAGAGAAAAAAAAUGAGGCAAGAAAAGCGAACAAAGAAGAGAGGAGAAAAAGCGAAAAGUAAAAGUCAAGACUGCUGUGUCACUUUUAAACCCGAAAUUUUGCUUUCUGCGCAUGCCCGAACUUCGCAAGCUGAUGCUUUGCAUGUGGAUCAGAAGGCCGCCAAGUGUACGACCUGUAAACCGGUUUGUGGUAAGUUUUAGCCCUUUAUAGCACAACAAUGACCAGAAAAGCACUCGACUAGCUUCAAAACGCGUUUUUCGGCAAAAUCUCCAGGAGCGAAUGGGUUAAAGGUUCGCCCUCCCAAAUUUAGAUCGAAAUUACGAGUACUGCAUGUCUUUGGAUGUCCGAAUUCUUGAUUAAUAAAUCAUCUAUGUAAAUCGGGGUAUUAAAAUACUAUCGAAGCUUUUAUAAACUAAAGACUUUGUUUUAUUAAAAGACUGCUUCAGUAACAGGCAGCCAAUUCAGGUUAUUGAAGCUUGAGAACCCCGUGGUCAUCAUGUGACAGGAUUCCGCUCAGCAGCUGUCCCAAACGAUACACCGGCUAGUACAUUAAAAUAGGUUUGAUAAGUUCGUUAUAAGUUUCUCUUUCUUUCCUUUGUACCUAGGGAAUCGCGUUCUUAGGGAGAGCUAGGUGUUUAGAUAUUUCUUUUUGCAAAGUUCGUUAAUAUUUGAGUCGUAAGCCGUAUUCUAGUCAAGAGUGAGACCGAAACGUUUUUGCAAAGGGUCUUAUUUAGGUACUGGGUCAGAGAUUAAAUAUCCGAAAAGCGCGCAGUAGCUGUUAAUGUUGCAUCGUCUGCGAAAAUAUCAACAGUAGAUCUCGAUUGCCGUAGUGGAAAGCAGGAACAGAAAAGGUCCUAAAACAGAACCCUGUGGCACCCCUUGUUUUAUAGUUUGAGCGUCUUGCCUAAUUCGUCCUUGUAAUCUGCGUCAGCCUGUGUAUAGCCGCCUCCUCCCCUCAGAAAGAGAGACGUGUUCGCUAAUAGUUUACGACAGUUUUUAAAGGUAUAGACGGGCCAACACCACUCUUGUACGCACAUACACAAUUAUUCUCAGCCUCUAACUAGAAUAUAAGCUAAAAUACCGUUUGUUUGUGCUCUUUCCUUUAUAAAGAGUAUAUAAUACUUUGGAUCAUAUUCUUACCUUUGACUAAGUAAAUGCUAUAGUUUUCCCCGCUCGCGACACAUUAGUGAUCAUGAGGCCGGUCGAGUCGAUUUCCGCGUGGUUGCACUCUGAAUUGAGAGGCACUGCAGACAGAGCUAAACAACAAUCUUUACUCUGCACUUGACUUUAAUUAUUGAUAUACGGAGCUAAAAGAACCCAAUUUGUCUGUUAAAAGCAUUUGCAAAAAGUAGAAAUUUUUGUUUGUUUUCAGACGGCGGUACCUUUUUCCUUCCCUCUGGAAAAUUUUCCUACGCUCAACAAAUACUGAAAAAAAGAAACCACUAACCUGUUAUCAUACAAAAGUAACAGCACUAUUGAUGCACGGAUACAGCCCCUGAUACAGAACAGGUACUAAUCGAGAUAAAAAAAUAAGUAUUGGGUCAUACAACGGAUGUAUUUAGGUUUCUGGGAAACUGUCCUCCUACUCCUCCCCUAACACAACGUUAACAUUUGCGUCUCAUUUGGGUUAGGGAGGGGUAGGUGGGCAGUUUCGCAGAAACCUAAAUUGUUUCAAGAAAACAUCUUUAACGAAAAGCUGUAACUCAAAAGGUAUAUUUUCUUCGCUUUGUUUAUCAAUGAGUACCUUGAACUGUUAAAUUGCCACUGACAUAAGUAAGUCAGACAGAAGUGUAUAGAGUCUGUGCGAGGCCACCAUGUUGGAGGAGUAAACACCAAAAAUUAUUUGCAUAAAAGUGAAAAUUUUUUCCCAAAGAAAAAGCGUUUAAUUGUUUUACUCCUUCAAAUGGCCGCCGCGCACUUACUCUAUAAUCCUUUCUAAGACUUUUAUCACUAGGUUGUCAAGUGCAGUGGAACCCCGUUAAUACGGUCACCAAUGGGCCAAAACAAAUUGGUCGUAGUAACAAGAGUUUUUAACAAGAAACUGUAUGACCGUCUCGCUAGGCGGAUAAAUAAAGUGGCCGUAUUACCGAGGUGUCCGUUAGGCGGGGUUUCACUGUACGGCCAAUGUUUCUUUUUUCUGCACUGAUAGGACUAUGUAUUAAAAGAAUGGCUCUCUAGCUUGACCUUAGGUGCAACGGUGCAAAAACUCUUCCCGUAAUAGUUAUAAAACAAGUCUUCCAUAAAAAGGAGGUCAGAAAUACGUCAUCUUCAGUUGCCGAUGAAAACCUUAGGUGGAAAUGAGCCCCUGAAAAAGGAAACGGGGAGGGGGGAGUGGGUGGGGGCUAUACACCAGCACCAACAACAUAACCUCUGCCCUAAAAAGUCAUAAGGGGAUAGAAACACUUUAGUAGGGAUUGCAUUCUGCGAACAGUGGUAUCGAUAUUUAUUGAAUCGUUGACCCUCAUCGUUUCAGAUGUAGGAAGGAGAUGAUGCUAAAAGAGGUCUCUUGCUUAACAUUAGGUGUAACUGUGAUAAACCUUUUCCUUUUCAGAUUAUAUGUUUAUAAUGCUAGAUGCUAGUUGUCUAGUAGUGCGACUGGAAAAGCGCUGGUCACAGUAUCAAACUGAACUUCACAACAUUCAGAACACCAAGAUGAGAAGAAACCAUUCAACAUGGCUGACUGCUAAAACUGUGAGUAAAUGUUUUUGUUUUUUUUAUACCUUUUUACCCAAAUGUUAAAAUUAAAAUUUUCAUUUGCUCCCCCUAUACAUUUUCAAUAGAACUAGAAGGGAGAAGUUAUCAAAAUUUCAAUCAAAUUCAUCGACCCAUUAAUUCUCGGUACCACUCUGUGUACCAAAGCGGUGAUAUUACAAGGAGAAAUUUGAUUCUGAUCUCUCUUGGAGCUUAAAGGGUUAUAAACUCAGCGUCUCACUUGUUCCCUGAAUGCUACGUUAAUUCUCGUUUUAUUUUUUCUAAUUUAUCCUAAAUUCAGUACCUUAAUUAAUUGCUUCGUUAUUAUUCUUGUUUUUCAAGCACAUAUAGUGCUUUUGACUUCUAGCAAUUGCCAUUAUACUUUUGUCUAUUGAUGUGUUAUAACUUGUGGCAGUUUUUCUACGUCCGUGGAAAAAUAGACUUUUCUUACUCUUUCAUAUACAUGUAUUUUGCAGAAUGUGUUCACCUAACCCGAAAUGAACGACAAAUAAUGAUAUGCUGCAUUGGAAUCACCUCAUUGAUCAAACCCUCUUCGCUUGAGCAAACUCAUACGUGCCAAAUGAAUAUCUUCUACGUCAAGUUAGGAUUUGGUGCAAGUACAUUAUGGAAAGAAAAUCGUGUGGAAAAAAAAGAAAACAAAGUUUUUAUGUAAUGUAUUAUGCUAAAUAGUUUAAGGAAUUGAUCAGAAUACUCAUGCUGCUUUCCUUGCAUCAUAACAAACAAAAGAAACAAUGAUGUUGCUACGUAGAAAAUUAAGAAACGGUCCAGAUAAGAACGAUAGCAACAACGGCAACGAACAUGUUGGAAUGCAAAAAGGUGUUAACUUUUCUAUUGUCUGUAUUUACGUCUGAUUGGCUUAAACAGCAAAAGUUAACAAAACUUCAUAAAGCGGUACAUAUAUUCAUCCUUACUUUCCAAACAUCUUCCAUAUAACAAAAUCUGGUCUCAGUUUGAAUAACAAAGAAAUCCUAUGUGGGGAACAUGUAAAAUUGUAAACUUUUCUUGGCUAUUGUUUUCAACUCUUGUGAUUGGUCAAAAUCUUUUUUAACACAAAAAAAACCCUUUCAAAGUGGAGUGUAAGUGCAUUUUAUUGAGUAAACGGCCUUCAUGUAGGUUUAUGCAUUCUCUGUGUAAAAAUGAGAACAUUCCUAUGUGGCAAAAAGCACCGUUGCCGCAUAACAAAAAAUUACUAUCCACCUUACCUGGAUCAUUACUUAACUUCUCGAGGCAUCAACAUUUCAUACGAUAGUGCUCAGCAGAGUGGGGUUACAGCUGUAGACAGCUGUUUCGUUCUUAUUAAAACUCAGUACAGCAUAGCUGGAAGCUACUGCAAAACAAAUCUGAUUUCUUCAAUUUUUUAACAAUUAUUGGCCGAAGUAGAGGUAAAUAUCCACCACUAGCAACCGACACUGAGGUGAAUAAUUGUUUUAGUAUAUACCACACAAGCUUAUUAACUAGAAAAGCCAAAAGUACUUUACUUUUGUUAAAUGCUCGGAAAAUUUAAAUCUUGCGCGCCGCGUAAUGUAUUGACGCUGACAAUGUCACGAAAUGAACGAAAUGAAGGACUUGAAGGACUCCAGAUCCGGAGUUCGAGGUGUUGACCGAUCGGCCACAAACGUCUCGCCUCGAAACCCUGUAAUCAAAGAAAAAAGGCGUAGUUCAAGUUUUUAAUGUCUCGGUAGUGGAUAGUAUUUGUCAGGUUAAUCACCCGAGCUUAAACCAAUCAGCGCUGGGGAACUAAAAGCACUAUUUACUUGUGUGGUGUAUACUAAAUGUAAAUAACAUGUAAUAGUACAAGCUAAGGCUGAUGCUACAAAUUUGUGUUUGUGGCGAUGGUAUUUUGUUAUAGUUUUGAAUACUUAUUGUAAACCGGUGUGAAUUAAUCUUUUUCCGGAAAUCGUUUGUUGUGGAUGAUAUUACUGAGCAAAUAGAUUGCAUUUACAGAAAAGCCAUUUUCACAUCACUAUUCAAAUAUGAUGGAUAAAGCCUUCGAUAAAAACUACAACAUUUGGUAUUGUUUCUCUUUUAAGUAACGUUCGUAGAAAACGAAGCAAUGGCGAUUAUAUCAGUUACGACGAACUCACACAAUACGUCCCUUACAGCUACCAGGGAAAUCGUUUCGAAGGCACAAGCCAUCACUUGGAGUUUUGCUCUUGCGUCGGAAGCUGUUGUUAUUGUCGUUGGAAACUUGCUCACUAUUGUACUCUUUGCAUCUAACAAAAAGCUUCGAACUAAGAAAAGUUUAUAUCUUGUUCUGAAUAUGGCGUUUGCUGAUCUGGUGCUUGGAGGUGUGUGUCUUCCUACAUCUGUUUAUGUUCUUGGUACUCGUUACCGGUUAUCGCAAGAACUUACAACUCCAACCAGUUUUUUAAAAAUUGUCUUUACGGUUUUCUCGCAAGCCUCACUCAUUACCGCUACUUUGAUAUCAGCUGAGAGAUUUUACGCCAUCUAUUGGCCGCUGAAGCACCGAACACUUUCUGCGCGAGCAUACAAGCUGGUUAUUUUGACGGUGUGGAUUGUAGCAACUCUUUUUCAUACGGUUUAUCUUCUGCCAUUCUUCACCCCUCUAGCUGUGUAUACGUUCGUAUCUUUCUACGCUUUGUUUCUAGUUCUCACAAUUUGUGGUUUUAACAUCGGUAUCUGGCGAAAAUGCCAGCAAAAAACUACUUCUCAUCACCAAAACACAGCCUUACAAAAUCAGCGCCUGACAAAGGCGUUAUUAUUAGUAUCUAUUUCGACUUCGUGUUCUUGGUUCCCGACGAUUAUUUACAAUUUGAUAAGUAUUUUU